AUGCUGUUCUGGACCCUGACUGCUCUGGCCUCGCUGGCGAUCGCCUUGCCGGUGGGACUAACGCGACGAGAUGUCCCCUCCGACACGCUGGACGAGUUGAUGUUGUUCGCGCAGUACUCCGCUGCGUCCUACUGCUCCAACAACAUCGCCUCGUCGGCCUCAGCUCUGUCCUGUGCCGCAGGGAACUGCCCAGAGGUCCAGACGGCCAACGCCGUGCCGUUGUACGCUUUCGACGAUUCCACGCAAUAUGGCGACGUCGCUGGCUUCCUGGCCGCCGAUUCCACCAACAAGCUGCUGGUGCUUUCCUUCCGGGGAAGUCGCACGAUCAGCACCUGGAUCGCCAAUCUGAACUUUGACCUGAGCAACAGCACCCUGUGCAGCGGCUGCGAAGUGCACACGGGCUUCUGGGAGUCCUGGGAAACGGUGGCAGCCACGCUGACGUCCGAGAUCGACUCGGCCAUGAAGACCUACCCAGGCUACACCCUGGUGCUGACGGGCCACAGCUUUGGCGCUGCUCUGGCGGUACUGGGUGGCACUGCACUGCGGAAUGCCGGGUACACGCCGAGCCUGUACACGUAUGGCGAGCCCCGCGUGGGCAACACCGCGCUGGCCACCUACAUCACUAACCAGGGCAGCCUGUGGCGCGUCACACACACGGAUGACAUUGUGCCGAAGCUGCCGCCGGCGUCAUUUGGAUUCUCUCAGCCUAGCCCGGAGUACUGGAUUACCAGCGGCAACAAUGUGACGGUGACCACCUCGACCAUCCAGGAGAUUCAGGGCGUGGGGUCGGAUUCAGGCAAUGCUGGCACGACUGAUGUGAGCAUUGAGGCGCACAAUUGGUACCUUGUGGACAUUGAUGCGUGUCAGUAA